AGACUUUGGUGCCAAAGCAGGGAAAGCGGUCGAAACGACUUUAAAAUUCGGAAUAGAUACAGGAAAAAAAUUAUUUUCGAGUCUGAAAAAACAAGAAAAACCUGAGGUCAAACCAUUUCAAACUUCUUUUCCUACGAUGCAACAACCAGUCGCAACUGCUAACGGGUAUAUAAUACCACAGCCUGAAAUCAUCCCUAUUGGGCCUGGUCAAGCAGCUAGUUACAUAGAAGAAUAG